UAUCUUAACCUCACAAUAUAAACCUACCAAACAUUGUUCCUAGGGAAAAACACAGUCUAAAACAAAAUAUUAUGGAACAUUUAGAUCCAAAAUAUUUUGUGUGCACGAAACCUGUUGAUACUACUAAAUAUUUUAAUGAAUUUUCGGAGCAGUUAAAAGCUUUGAAUGAUUCAGUUGAUAAGAGUGAAUUUAAUUCAAAUCUUGAGAAAACAUGCAGCAUUGACCAUCUUACACAUGAAGGCGAAAUUGAACAAACCUGCAUCAAAUCGAAGUUAUGGAGAGCAGUUACCAUUGAGUCAACUGCAACAAGUGGUCAUUUGCACAUUCAAAGAUGUAAAAACAAAUGGGAGGGUUUUAAGGAACCAAAACAAGUGUUAUCUUUUCCAGUAGAAAGAGAACAAAAUUCAAAUACAUUAGAAGAUGAAGACUUAAUUCCUCAUCAAGAUUAUGUAUUAGUUGUAAGACUAUACAAACCAUUCCAGGUUGAGAUGAAACAUUGCAGGUGUGGGGUCAAAUAUACACAUGAAUAUGCUAUUUUGCCAAACCAAGGUCUUACUGAAUUACGAGAUGUAUUCAAAUGUGUGCAUGACUUUGGAGUAUCAGUGGAGUUGCAGCAUCCUGAUGAAAAAAUCACAUUAAACACUAAAGAUGAUUAUCCAUCUGGUUUUAUUUUCAUAGAAAAUUGUUUCUACAAUGAUCUACGACACCCUAACGCAAUAGAAUAUUCCAAAGAAAUAAUUGAAUGGGCAAAGAUGAAGAAUCUCACCAAUUUCAAAACUGCUAACAUGUCUGAUGUAAAAUUAAAAGAUUUAAAGAUAAAAUUAGGUUAUCCCUAUGUCUAUCAACAUCAAGGAAAUUGUGAACAUCUUGUUGUCUUUACUGAUAUGCGACUGUUACGUGCCGAUGAACAACUGCAAUCAACAAAGUAUCCCUACGUUUUGAGUUGUAAUAAUAUUAAUCGUAUUUUUUGCAUGAUGUGCACAGUUUCUGUGGCUCAGUUUACUAUUACGGAGUGUGAUAGAUUGCUGACAAAGUAUAAUUGCUUAUGUAAAAAGUGUGUGCUUGCAUAUAAUUAUCGAGAUGGGAAGAAAAUCGGUACAUUUAAGUUGUAUCCAUUUUAUGAUAUAAAUAUGACGCUCUUGCCAUAGUAAAUAAAUAUUUAAUUUGUUAUAA